AUGACGAAUUAUAACGAUCUAUUGGAUUCACGAUCUGGGGUGGUUUUUGCAGUAUCCUUGUUCUCGGUGAUAGCUUCAUUCUUGUUCGUCAUCCUACGAAUGAUCUCGAAGGUUGCUAUACUCCGAAAGACUUCUUGGGACGACUAUUUUGUUAUUUUGGCCUGGUGGAUCGCUUUUGGACUAUCCUUUUCGAUAUGCUUUGCGAGCCGUCAUGGUCUGGGCAAACGAGAUGAUGGUAUACCCACUGAAUGGCAAAAACCUCUCGCGUGGUCCCAAUAUAUGUUCACAGUUCUCUACAAUCCAGCCUUAAUGGCUACUAAAACAUCAAUACUCGUGUUUUACCUGAAGGUCUCAGAAAACACACGAAAAGUCUUCCGAUAUGCCUCUGUAACAACAUUGGUUGUUGUGAAUAUUGCAGGACUUGUUUUGACGGGACUGAGCAUUUUUCGAUGCACUCCUUUCAGUACAAUCUUCGAUUAUCCUCUACCACAGACGGCAAAAUGCUCGAAUAUCCUGCGUCUCUCCUUUGCGUCAGCUCCAGUCAACAUUAUCACCGAUUUAGCCGUAUUAUUUCUUCCAAUACCGACAUUAACGGGACUUCGACUGCGGCGGAAGCAAAAGAUUGGCGUGGUUGUCUUGUUUGGACUUGGUGGGUUUGUCACUGUAAUUGAUGUCUUGAGAAUAGCAUAUCUUCAACAGGCAUCACGAGGCGUGCUCCCCUUGAAUAAGACACUACCCAGGGAUACAGGAAAUCAGGAUUUCGCGUAUUAUGCAUCUCUGUCAUUCAUGUGGUCAGCUGUUGAAGUCAAUAUUCGUAUAAUAUGCGCCUGCAUCCCGACGCUGAAGCCACUCAUUUCUGGGGUUCGACGACUAUUUCGUCGUCAAAAAUCUGAUUUGUCGAUCGAAUUGCCCUCGAAGGUUGUAGAACCAAGUACGAAACCCACGCUUACAUUUCCAACAAUAGCCCAAGAAAUUUCUUUUCCAGAGGCCAGUCACAGAGACAACACGAGCGACGGUGUGGACUCGGUACAGUUCAUUACGACGCCACAUGCUUUAAACAUGGAAUCAAGUUUUCAACCCAUGCCUUCAGGGGAAACGCUGCAGUCCCUAGACAUGACGUUUAUCCAUUUUGGACAUCCCAAGAGCAUGGUCAGCAUGGGCAACAAAGAAUCACUGCUGUUUCUAUUACUAGCAACUCUCCUUUCAUUUCUCUCUGGUUUUGAGUACGGUUUUCUCAAUACUAUCAAUUGUCGAUUUCAACAAGCCGCAGAGAUGGGACCAAAUGGAAUGAUAGGCUCAAAUGCUUCGUUCUUUGCGAGUUAUUGUGUGGCCCCACUUACCUUCGGCCAUUUAAUAUUGAAGAGAUGGGGUUUCAAAUACACUUUCAUUGUUGGUCUGUCUAUUUACAGUUGUGGAGUUUUGGUCUUUUGGCCGUCCGCCGUUAUGUUAUCUUAUCCAUUCUUUAUCAUUUCAAGUUUUAUCGUUGGUCUAGGGAUCUCAACACUCGACAUGGCUGUCUAUUCAUUCAUAACCCUUUGCGGUCCACCACAAUUGGCAGAGGUCAGAUUGAACAUAUCACAGGCUGCACAAGCAAUCGGAAUUGUUAUAUCUCCAAUUUUGGCUCAAAGAACUUUAAUACGGUAUAACGCUGAUCCAUGGCUGCUGAUUCGUAUUCAAUGGGUAUAUCUUGGUAUUGCCAUCCUGUGUAUUUCAACAGCUCUUGCUUUCUAUUAUCUGGCAUGGCCAGAAGCGUCGGACGAAGAGCUUGAUAAUGUUGCAUCAAGUUGGCCCUCCACCAAUACGACAGUUGCUGGGCAUGUUAGGGUUAAUUACCUAACCUUGGGACUUGGGAUGCUAUCGAUUUUUUGCUUCACUGGUGGCCAGGAAGCAGUUUACAUAAUUUCACUUGGGCCAAGAGGCUCUGUAUCUUCCCCUUUGCCUCAGAUCGAAUUAUUGGCUCACUAUUCAUAUCCAUUUAGUCUAGGUCCCGGAUAUCAGAAUAUUGCCAAUACUUGUUUGGUUGCUGGUCGCAUCACUGCAGCGCUAUUUCUUCUCGUCUUUGAGCCGAGAAGAGUAUUAUUAUUCUUCUCCGUCGGCUGCGUUAUCACAGCAGCCUUGGGAAUAAGAUUAAUUGGAAACCCUGGGAUUGUGAAUUGUAUUCUUGCAUUUUUCUUCGAGUCCGCAAUCUUUCCGACUACUUUCGCGAUAUGCCUUCGCGGUCUGGGGUCCUAUACAAAAACCUGCUCUGCUUUUCUAAUAGCUGCUGAGUGUGGAGGUGCAGUACUCCCGGCUAUCUUGAAUCCAAUCUUGCAAAGUCGGGGCAACUACGCUUGGUGUGUCAUUGUUGCCGCCUAUUCCUUCGCGCUUGUAUUCCCGUUGUACCUUAACUUCAUCCCAAUAGCGAAGAGUCUGCGAUAUUUACUGGAACCCGUAUACGAAGCGAGAUUUCGAAGGACAAAAUGCAAUACUAAACAUAUAUUGCAAAAUGUUUAUUUUAUAUAA